CAGUGGCAACACAGACAGCGGGCCACAGAAACUUUUCUCUAAAUGUGUUUUUGAUUCGGUGUCUGUGACUGUGAGCGUCUGUGACUGUCUGUGUUCUCUGUAGUUCGCACUCACUGACAGGGAAUGCCUCCUAAGGUGAGUAAGAAGGGCUCAGCGAAGAAGCUCGACACAGCAGCGGUGGCCAACAGGAACUGGGAGGCUGGCCUCACCGGGGCGCCCUUCGAAGAGGACUCAUGGCGGGCCUGUGUGUGCUUGGUGGUCGGGAGAAGUCUUGAGGAUGAGGAGCUGGUCCAGGCUCUGGCCGUGCAGAGACCUCAACGCAAACUGUUCACCCUGUUGACUCUGGACAGCACCAUUGCAAAGAUCCAUGAAUUGGGGAAUCCAAAAACAAAAAAACCUGAUGAUGUCCCCAUGUUCUAUGAGGUUACAGAGUCUGCCAAGGUGCAGUUGGAUGCAGGAGAAGAGAUUUCCUGUGACCUGAUGGCAAAAAUACUGAAAUUCCAGCUGCUUGAGGUCAAAACAAAUGAUCAGAAGAGGAGGGCGGCUGAGCAGGCUUCGGACGAGAGGGCAAAGGCCUGUUCACCCCCUGUCAACAAGGUCUCUGACAAAAAGGAAAAGGGUCUGCCGUCCAAGGAGAAGAAAACCAAACUCAAACGCAGGGAUGAUGGGCCACUUAUAUUCAUAGAUGAUGAGCCUGACGAUGGUCCUCAGCACUACAUCCUGGUGCUGGGUUUCCACCAGCCCCACCUGAUCGCGGUCCUUGAUGCCAUUGGUGUACAUGUAGCCAAUGUCAUCAAGCUGUGUUCAGAGGAGGAACAACACACCUCUGAGUGCAACGAGCAGAGUCAGAGAACAUCUCCAGUGUUGGAUGCAGACUCGUCUAGCAUGGAGCGGGCUGCACGGGCCAGUAGACUGGAUCUUUUCUGGUCAGGCCUGAGACCAGUUUUGGACAGCGCACCUCUCGACUCCAAGCUUCACAAUGUGGCUCAGCUCAGCUACACUGUUCCAGAUCUGUUACCGACGAUCCAGCCACAGGAGUCUGUGCUGGAGUUGGGAGGUCGAGUCUUUGACAGUGUUGCCAAUCUCAUCUAUGACUGUUUGGACUGGCGCAGGCAGCAUCAGCACUACCGAGACAACAUCAAGCUCAUCAGUGUACCCACUGUUGUUGGGUUGGAUUUUCCACCUAAACAGGAUGUACCAACCCUUCCCCCCAUGACUCCACACUCCAAGAAGAAGACAUUGCAGGAGGAAAGCCCACCAGACCAAGAGACCAAACUGCCUCCUCUCUCUACAGAUGUGGACAUGCGUUAUUAUAGCGACCUACUGAACCUGGUUCCACCCGAAGCUUGCUCAGUGCCCCUGAUCUUGCACUGUAUGCUAGAGCAGGUGGUGUUGUCCUCUGAGCAAUGUGACCUAACAAAAUCCUGCAUGGCGGAGAAGCACAAACCCAGUGAUGGUUCCUGGUUGGACAGUGAGCUGGUCGACUACAUGCUCCAGAGCUUCCUGCCUCUGGUGCACACAGAAGAGGACAGAAGCCACAUGUUAGACAGCUUAGUGACGGUGGUACAGAGCGACAAAGACAAGGAGAGACUAGUGGAGAAGUUUGGAGCAGAGGAGACUCAGAAGAAGUCAGAUCACCCUUUGGUUAUCAGACACCACGAUGAGAGGGCACUGCGCUUGAGGGACAUCAGUACUGUGAAGGGUUUUGAUCCCGCUGCGGUGGAGUUGUCCAUGAUAAAGUUGUCUCCAGUUAUGGAACUUAUCCAUUCUGUGUCUGAUCUGAGAAAGAGCAGCUCCUGCUGGAUGGCCGCCAAACAGCAGCUGCAACACUACUGCACAGAUGAUGUUGUGUCAUGGCCCCAGGUGGAGCGUCUGCUUCAUCAGAGUGUGUUUGAAACUAUGCCACUGACCAGGCAUGACCAAAAUAACGUACUACAGAAAGCUGCAGGACCACAGGGAACACUGGAACCAGCACAGCAGCAGCAGACACCCACAAUAAUCCCCUGGGACAACCCACACUCAUACGCUGAACAGCACCUUCAAAAACUAAAGACUAAAGGCCCAACAUUUCUCACUGAGGACCCUGGUAAAACAGAGCAGUUCAGUGAGAGAGUGUGUCACCAUCUGGAGCUAUCUGACAUUCAGAGCUGUAGGCAGAGGUCUCUGCUUGACUGGCAUUACGCUGAACACCACGACACUUCAGUCUUCCCCCAGGUACUGCAGGUAGCAUCAGAGGAAUACUGCUACCUUGACACCUUCAGAGGAAGCCACAACAACAUCCUGUACAUUUUUUGCCACAAUCCCAGAAAUCCCUAUUACCAUUGCAAGGAAUCCUGGGAUGUAGCACUUCACACUGAUGUCAAGUUCAGGAAGUAUCUGGAACAUGUUGCUGAUAUCAUAUCAGAUUGGACAAGAGAGGAGGAAUUAAAGAGAGAAGCAAUUCAACACAGCUGUGAUGAGUCUCCAAAAGAUGAAAAGGUUACAGAUUCUGCAGAGGAGGAGGACACAUUGGAGCCUGUCAUCAGAAAAGACUCUCUUAAAGCCUGGAAGUUGGAGCAGGAGCGGCUGAAGGAGGAGGAGAUGGCCAAGAAAUCAAAGAGGGAGAAUACACCGAAAAUCAAGCAGCAGAAGGAGGAGGCCAAGUUGACGGACAACAAGAAUAAUAAAACUUUGUCUGGUGGCAAGAUGAGAAAAGGUGAGACAGCAGGCAGCUCAGUUAGGACCCCCACAGAGUCCUUCAUUACCACAGUGACCCCUGGGGAGGAAAACAAGGAGCUGCAUCAGGCGGAGGAACACUUAAAUGGCUUCACAGGUUACAGCAUGGAUGGGAAGUUGAUCCAUGUGUCAGGUCGUCUUCAGCACCUUUUCCCCUCAGAUGGAGGACACAUCACUGUGGAGAAUAUCAACUAUGUUGAAGGUUCCUGCCUAAUGAAACUGGCUGUGAAUACGGAUGGACAUGAUUUCUACACACACAUCAACCAGGCUGUUAUUCAUCCUGCAAGGCCUCCAGCUCAGCCCCAAAACAAAGAAACCUGUGACAAAAAAUACGAUCGUAAAGUCUCAGAGCCUGUGGAGGAGAAAAGACUGAAGCAGGGCUCCUUUACAGCAGUGCUAAACAACGGAGUUCGCCUCUCAUACAGUUUCUAUGGCUCCACAGGAGAAUGCCGAGUGAAUACUCACGAAGCAGAAGGGGACAUCACAGACAACACCACCCUUGUCCCUUCCCCUCUCUCUUCCUCCACCCAGGACUCCAAGAGAACAGACAUGGAUUCAGUUCCUUUUAAUAAACAAAUCCCAUCCAGCCAGUACAGACCUCAAGAAUCCCAGUCCAAGUUGUGUGAAGGUCAGCCAGCACGGCCAUCAAGUCCAUUCAACAGUGUCAACCUGUCUGUUCCUAACGGCCUCCUGCUGCAGUUUCUGAGAGAGGAUACACAAGAAGAGGACUCAGAGGUGCUGGUGAGACAGAGCUUUCCUCUCCAUGGCAGGGGAGAGGUGAGGCAGCUUCUGGACCCCUCCCUCUCCAAGGAACUGUCCCGCAUUGUCACCAGCCAGGGAGCUGUGAUCCGUUUCAUGAGAGAUGGGUCCACAAAGGUGCUGUUUGCAGAUGGGUCAGUCAGUUCCAGCCGGGAUGGUGGUCCAGUGUGGGCGUCUGAGUCUGAGGUCGAGGAGGAAAACACUGAGGACAACAUGAAAGAACAGAGCACAGAAAAGACGGCUGAUGCUCAGAGAGGCUGUUGGUUAACUACGACUCCCUCUGGGGCUCACAUCUGCACAGUGGGGACCACACACAAACACUUACCCACCACCCCUCUUCUGGCCUUCAAGGCUACAGACCCCAUAACCCAUGAGGUGAUGCUGAGCAGGGAGGAUCUGGUGGUUUCUGUCCAGAACCCAGAUGGCUCUUUAAGUGUGGAACAUGCAGAUGGAACCCGGAUCACCAGUCUCCACCAAGAAAGACCACCAAACACAGGGGAACAGCGAGAGAGUGUGACUCUUAACGUCUCUUCAGAAUGCGUAUGCAGCUGCACCGAGUGUGUGUGUGUCACAUGCUGCGCAGACAGCAUCAAUGAGGAUAUGUACAGUCGGGAUACUUGCAACACUGGAGACAAGAAAAACAGGGACAAUGCAGGGAAAACAUGUGGCAAGGAGAAAGAUCGUACAAAGUUGAUAGCGUGUGAGCAUGUUUGCGAUGAAAGUGAGUGUGAUGAAAAUGCAUUGUGUACGAAUGGUGUGGAGAGUGUGUUUGCAAAAGAGAUUGGUGAGACAAGUGCAUGUGGCGUGUCGACCAAAGAGAGAGUGAUGCUGGUGGAGAAGGAGGGCUGCGCUACAGUGGUGAUGUAUCCAGAGAGACACACGGCUCACGUCUUUUUGGCUGAUGGAACUGUCAUCACUGGGAACAACCUAGGAGCCUAUCAGGUGUUCCCAUCUAGCGUGGGGCUCCUGCAGAUCCAAAGUGACGGCAAGUGUGUAUACUCCUCUGACCCACUUGUAACCCCCAGUCCGAUGGGGGAUACUCCCACAAACCAACCAGGAAGCUACACCAUGAGUCACACAGACAAAGUGGCCUGUGAUAUUACAGACACUGAUGGGAACCACUUCCAGGUGAUGGAGGAUGGGCAGGUAUCAGUGCUAAACGUCAGUCCCACUCCAAGCACACCGAAACAUGACGAGGAAGAGCUGGAGGAGGAAGAGGAAGACAGAGAAGUGUCCAGGCCCCAUGAAAAAUAUGGAGAACAUUGUCCUAGGCUGUUUCUGGUACAUGAGGACGGCUCAGGUACUGAACUGCUGCGCUCUCAAACUGUGGAGAAGCUGCUCCAUCAGGCGUACUCUGACCCUACCAUAGCAGUGCGGAAGGAACCACUGCCGGACACACAAGAUGAAUUUGGUAUUACCAUCCUAAAGCCCAGUCACCAGAGUGUGUGGUCCCAGUGGAUCCUAGGGAAACAGAACCCUGACAUAACCCCUCCCAACCUCAGAAACCGCAGCUGGCAUGACUUCCCUAGUAUAGAGAAGAAAAGCGCAGGUCCUGCGUUUGGUACCAACAUGGGACGAGGUCUGACUCUGAGAGAGCGUUCUGGUGGUUCUGCAGAACAGCACCAACCUGUCAGGAGCUGCCCUAAAGUACUGGAGAUGAGGGAACUGUACCAGCACCAACCAUUUACCACAUUGCUUAAAAAUACUAUAGAUACACGACUGAAGGAAUACAUCGAGAGCUUGAUGGAGAGGAGGCAGCGAUCAGAGGCCAUGAAGGUUAAAGACCCUCGCACCAAUAAGGAGAGUGUCCAUGCCAGUGAUCUGCUCAAUCUGGUCCUGUCUUUCACAGAGGAAGAGGAUACAAAUCCCACCUUUUUGAAGAGGACUUCAGUGGACAUUGGCAGUCUUUACAGCCAAGGUAUUGGAGCUCAAGAUGAACAGCGAGAUAUUUCCAAAAACACAAGCUCAGCAGAUAGUGUCAGUUUUGUUAAUGUGAAGGAGUCAAAAUGGAAUGAAAGACUUGCACAAUACAGACAGGAGGUGUGUGAGGAGAAGGCUUGGAGAGCAGCUUUGAGAAUGGAGAGCAUUGUUCCUUAUUUCCACCUAGAAAAUAUUCCAUUGUACCAGAAUCUGCUGCAGAACCAAGCACCAGACAUGAAGAGUCUCUCCAUGGAUCUUCCUCCAAUCCCUAAGUCAGACAGUGCUGGGGCCUUUCUGAAAGAUGCUCCACAAGAGAACACCCCACGACCUUUAAACCCAACACCUUCUCAGUCUGCAAGUCGUGCAGCAGGAAGUGACGGGAUGCCAGUGAGGAGACCCACUAACCCCACACCUCAGACUGCUGGUGAAAGCAGUCAGAGGGCUUCAUCUGGGCCACAUAAGUCUGUCCAGGUGGAUGUGACUGGAAAGCCCAGAGGGACUAAAGUCAGACUACCGACCUCUAUCCUCAUAUCUAAACCCUGCAGUGAGCCAAGUCAACAGUUCCAGCUCCUCCCAUCCACCAUCGACUUCGGUACAGUGCAGAAGGGCACCAUGUCGGUCAUCACUGUGGAGAUGAAGAACGUGGGUGUUGACACCUGCAGGUUUCACGUGAAACAGCCUCAUCCUGCCACAGGCCUCUGUGUCAUCUACAAUCCUGGGCCUGUGGCUGCUGGGCAGCAGGUGGAACUGCAGGUUCAGCUGUUUACUGUGUGUACAGCCCAAGCAGGAGAGGUAGAGGCAAAAAAAAACAUCUCCCAGGAUAUUAUCAUCCGCACUGAGACAGACAUCUUCCACCUGCCAGUCACUGCGACCAUCCUUCCUAAGAGGUUGUAUGACAUUUGGCUCAAGGACCGCACCAGUGCGCACAAAAAGAAAAGCUCCAGGGUUCUUGAGCCCUCCCCCAGUCUGCCAGAUGGUCAGGGAGUCACACUCAGACGACCCAAUACCCUCCUGACCAGUUCUGCUGCAAAACCAGGAAAUCUGAAUCGCACAACAAGUCAAUGAGGAAUACACAAAAACCACUACACAAUCAAAUAGUUUGAAUGGAUUUUGUUGGGGUUUUCUUUAAAAUAAAA